GUUGAAGGUUCAUCGCUUAUUGGAGAAGUGUGUUCCUUCAACACAGACUGUCAACGAGGGAUGUUCUGCGGCGGAGGAAAAUGUCAAUGCUUGUCCAAUUUUGUCUCAUUUGAAAAACAUUGUUGGCCUAGUAAGAUCCAAAAAGUCAAUCCGGGGGAACCUGGCUGUGUCGAUGCAAGACAAUGUGAUGCAGUUUGGCCGGAAGCCACUUGCUCCAUUUCGGGAGUUUGCGAGUGCCCGGAAAAUACAGUGCCGAGUAAAACAAGGGAUGGAACAGUAUGCGUUUCCUCGUUGAUUCCUCCCUCCUGCCCUUUGCCGGAACCUCAUGAUGGCACUCCAAACCCAGCUUCAGUGCUAGUUAAUUCCAUUUCUCACCCACUUAGCCCUGACAGUUACAUGCCUAUACUUUGCACUUCUUCCUCUCUGGAAACGAGAACAUCAAAUAGAGGCGAUGGUUCUACAUGGUGCGUCUACCCAGAUGGUGACAAUGAUAUCUUUAUCGCAGACAUCUAUGACUGCAUCGUGCAUCCACAGAUCAAAAACGAGUUCUUCCCUGAGUAUCAUACUUCAGUCAAUGGGAUAUGCUGUCCAAACAGAGGUAAUGUAGAGUUUUAUAACUCAGGCAGCUAUGAUAUAGUAGAUAAAAUGGUUCUGGUCAACUAA